AUGAAGGUCUCAACCGUCAUCCUCAGCGCUCUCUUCUCGUUCUCUUUUAUCACUGCUCUUCCUCUCCCAGCGGAUACCCCCUCGCUCGCCUAUCUGGCCAAAAAGGACAUCACAAGUCUAGUCCCACAGUACAUAAAACGCCAGGACGAAGAUUUCCCAGAUGAAAGCGGUCCAGGCGUCGAUAUCCCCGAUGACGAAGAUUUCCCCGAUGAGAAAUUCAAACGCCAGACCGGUGAGGACAUCUCAUCCGGAUCCGAUGAUGAUAGCAGUGGAGAUGGCUCGAGUGGCAGCGAUGAUGAAUCCUCCGGCUCCGGUGAUGAGGGGUUUGAUUUCCUUAUGAAAACCAGACGCCAAUCCGGCGACAGCGGCGGUGAUGACUCCUGGAAGGGGGACGGCGGAGAGAAGCAUAGGCGUUAG